CCUGAUAUACCUGUCCUUUUUCUUCCCCCUCGGCCGCUGCCGAUUUCUCCGACCCUGCAUCUUAUUGCUUUUUUCUUCCUGUGCUCUCAUCACCUUGGCCGUCUUCAUUACUCUCCUGCUUGCCAAUCGGUCAAGAGAGCCUUAUGUACAUUACUUCUCUAUUGUGUACUAAUACGCCAAUUUGCUGCUAAUUUUGCCUCCUUUGGUGUUUUCUCAAAUCGCCUCGCAUUCUUAUUUUCUCCCCUUCGUACAGCUCCUACCCCUUCACCUUCUCGUGUAAUAUAUCCAGUUAAACACCAUGGGCCUCGGCAACAUCAUUUACUUCGCUUUUCAUCCUUCAGAAUUGAGGUCGAUCAUCCAAUGGAAAGUCUGGCAUAACCCUGUUCAUGAACGUAACGAGAAGAACGAGACGGAGACGCAGAAGGCCUGCUUCAAGUUUCUGGACCUCACAAGUCGGAGUUUCAGUGCUGUGAUCAAGGAAUUACAUCCAGAGCUGCUUUUGCCGGUCUGUGUUUUCUAUUUGGCACUUCGUGGGCUUGAUACAAUAGAGGAUGAUACCUCAAUUCCCCUUGAAACCAAGGAACCUCUACUGCGCAACUUCAAAGACUUCCUAGAGCAAGAUGGUUGGACUUUUGAUGGGAACCGCCCGGAGGAGAAGGACCGUGAGCUGCUGGUUCAGUUCCACAACGUCGUUACUGAGUUCAGGAACAUGAAGCCUGCCUACCAAGUCAUCAUCAAGGAUAUCACCGACAAGAUGGGUAACGGUAUGGCUGACUACGCGCGCAAGGCUACCUUUGAAGAUGCGAGUGUAAAGACUGUCGAGGAGUACGAUCUUUACUGCUAUUACGUGGCUGGGUUAGUGGGUGAAGGCUUGACUCGUCUCUUUGUGGAGGCAGAGUUUGGCAACCCUGCUUUGCUGAAGCGCACACGUCUUCACAAGUCUAUGGGUCUUUUCCUCCAAAAGACAAACAUCAUUCGUGAUAUCCGCGAAGAUGAGGACGAUGGUCGACGAUUUUGGCCAAAGUCCAUCUGGUCGAAGCACGUCGAUAAUUUUGAAGACCUGUUUAAGCCCGAGAACCGGGAGGCGGCUCUCAAUUGCAAUUCUGAGAUGGUCCUAAACGCACUGGAACAUGUCGAGGACUGUCUCUUCUACCUUGCCGGUCUGCGCGAGCAGAGUGUUUUCAACUUCUGCGCUAUUCCCCAGGCCAUGGCAAUUGCUACAUUGGAACUUUGCUUCCGUAACUACACUAUGUUUGAACGGAACAUCAAGAUAACCAAGGGUGAUGCCUGCCAGCUCAUGACAGAGAGUACACAAAAUCUCCGAGUUCUGUGCGACGUUUUCCGGCGCUAUGUGCGACGGAUACACAAGAAGAACACACCCAAGGAUCCCAAUUUCCUAAAAAUCAGUAUCGUCUGCGGCAAGAUUGAGAAAUUUAUCGAGACAAUCUUCCCUUCGCAGGAUGCUGAUGCGGCCAAGCGUCGGGUUGAAGGCACUCUGUCGGAGGCUGAGGCUGAGAAGGCUCGACAGGAUGCGGAGACACGCAAAGACGUUUUGUUUAUGAUGGGUCUUAUGGGAGUAAUGGCUUUGAUAGUCACCGCUAUUAUGAUUGCAGUGGCGUGGGCUAUGGGCGCCCGGUUCGACCUUGCGUGGAAAGAGAUAAGAGAGGGUAACUUCAGUCCGAAAAAGGCAGUGCAGCACGGCGAGCUCUGACCAGUAUUACGAUUAUUUUAUUACUAAUUAUACCCCUUCACUGGUGGCACGCCACGAUGCCUUAUGAUAAGUACGCAGAUAUAAUAUU